GCCGCGCGCGGGCCCGGCCCGGGGCGAGGCGGACAUGGGCGCCAAGCAGAGCGGCCCGGCCGCCGCUAACGGCCGCACCCGCGCCUACUCGGGCUCGGAUGUGCCUUCCAGCAGCAGCAGCAGCGGCGGGGUCAACGGAACGGCGGGCGGCGGCGGAGCUCGGGCCGCGGCCGCGGCCAGGUUUCCGGCUCAGGUGCCCGGCGCGCACCAGCCCAGCGCCUCGGGCGGCGCCGCGGCGGCCUCGGCGGCCCCGGCGGCCCCUCGGAGCCGCUCCCUCGGCGGGGCCGUGGGCAGCGUGGCGUCGGGGGCCCGCGCGGCGCAGUCCUCCUUCAACAUCCCCAACAGCAGCAGCGGCCCGUACGGCUCGCAGGACUCGGUGCACAGCAGCCCGGAGGACGGCGGCGGCGGCGGCGGCGGCAGCGGCAGGGACCGGCCGGCGGGCGGGGGCCCCGGCGGGCCGCGCCUGGUGAUCGGCUCCUUACCAGCCCACCUCUCGCCGCACAUGUUCGGAGGAUUUAAGUGCCCUGUAUGCUCAAAAUUUGUACCAUCAGAUGAAAUGGAUUUGCAUCUUGUGAUGUGUUUAACAAAGCCAAGAAUAACCUAUAAUGAGGAUGUACUGAGUAAAGAUGCUGGGGAAUGUGCAAUAUGUCUUGAAGAACUGCAGCAGGGAGAUACUAUAGCACGGCUGCCUUGUCUAUGCAUAUAUCAUAAAGGGUGUAUAGAUGAAUGGUUUGAAGUAAAUAGAUCUUGCCCUGAGCACCCUUCGGAUUAAACAUUGAUUCCUGUUUUAUAGGUUUUCUUGUCUUUUCAAGAUACUUGAAAAAUCGAGAGGAUAUGAGAAUCUGUCUCUGGAUACACAGAAGCCUGAGUUCUGUGAGAUGUGGUGAUACAGAGAUGGACAGCGUGCGGGAGAGCAGUGCUGUCGCACACAGAUGGCACACUUAGCACAGAACUCAGAGCACCAGACCCACAGAGAAAGGACACACAGGGAUUCUGAAAAUGCUGCACCUCCCUUACUGGUCAUCCACAUAGGUACACCGAGGAACAUUUUGUAUUCCGACGCCAAAGUUAACUGCUUUAAAAGUUGAUUUACUUUUUAUUAAGUUCUCUAGAGCUGCGCAACUCAUUGUGUUAUGGUUUGUUCUCCUUUUCUAGUUUGGGGUCUCUAUUUUCCCCGGUGUAAUGUUUCUUCAUUCAUCUAUUCUUAAAUUGAAAACCACAUAAUUCUCAUAAAUUAAAGUCUUAAAUGUGAAACCAAGAAAUGUAAUCAAGCAGUAAAACGUUCUCUGAAUGAAGACUAUGAUCUCAAGUUCUUCCAUUUUCCCCCCCAAGAGUGGAAAAUAGACUUCUACAUAGGAAAGCUAAAAUAUGUUAAUAUUUUUAAAUUAAAGGUUUAAUAUUAUCAGAAUGUAGUCCAAAGAGUAAAUCAAAUUACAUAAUUACAUCUUAAUUAAAUGUGGCAUUGUCUACUGAACUGCAGUUUAUGAAAUAUGUCGUUUCUUCUUAAAUGAAACUGCCCAGCAGUUACUCAGCAGUGAAUCAUCUUGCAGCUAUGCAACUGUUUCAGAAAUAUGAAUUACCAGUUUUAAGUACUGCCAGAUAGAGUAACUUUGUUUUAACGGGUAUCUUUUGUUUAUUCUUUUCAUGUAAUUAUUUUAUUGUACUUUGCAUCUCCAGGCAGUUUUCUCAAAUUUGGGUCAAGUGUUUAGCAGUUUGUAAACAUAAUAGCUUAUGAAAGGGUAAACUAAAACUUUCUGGGGUAGAGCCUGGAAUAAUUUGAGGGAUAUUUUAUAUACCUUUAAAAAUCAGAAUUGUGAUGCCAGAUUUGUAGCAAUUUGCAUCUUUAAUUUUCCAGAUACUCUGGAGAUUAGCAUUUGAUAAAUGAUUUUUAAAGCAAACAUGAUAAUUUUGUUAAUUUAUAAUUUAUUAAUGUGUUAUUACUGUAAUUGAAAAUGUUAUAAAGACUUUAAAUUCAGUCAUAUAGAAAGAAAUGUAUUAAGCAAAAUUAUGUGAAUAAAUAUUCCCAUAAAAUAUAUCUGAAUGGUUAAAAAUACUGGAAGAGAGCUAUCAAGGCUACAAUAGUGAAUGUGUUUUUCUUUUCUUUUUUUUUUUUUAAAUAUCAAAAAUACCAGUAAGAAAGUUUGGUGUUUUCAACAUAGGGAAAAUGUUAUCAGUUAUUAGGCAGUGCACUUUACUUGGUAUAAUUGAAAGUUGCACUAUUUCCUUAAUUUAAGCUUUCUUUUAUGUAUUUAAGUAUUGCUUUUUUAUUUAAUGCUGCUCUUCUCUGAAUUUUUUUCUCUAUUGCUUCUGUUUCAUAUUUUUUACAAGGGCAAGUACAGGAGCAACUGCUGCUACCCAUAAAAAUUUGUGUAUUAUUAAUAAUUAAAAGAAUUUUUAAUUGCUUUCUGUGUGAUUUGAGACUGGAUAACAUUUUCCCUAAGGCUACGCUGUGAAAUGCCUUUUGUCAAUGCUGCAAUUGCUAAGUGAAUCCAAGACCUCCAUUGUGACAGCUGACAGCACAGUUUCCAUAGGUGCUUCUCGAGUAGUUAUGGAAAAUAUUCUUCCCUCGAGGGAAAUAGUCUUUCCUUCGAUUCUUUCUGUUACCAUGAAAUCUUAAUUUGAAUCCAUUUUAUUUCACACUUUGAAUUUUGUGAGCUUUCACGCUCUUCCCUCCCUUGAGUAAAAGCUCUUAGGAUGUAAAUAACCGAUUUGUUUUCUACUGUUGGUAUGUUAUUGUGAUCAUGAUAAUUUUGUUGUCUUUCUUUCUUAAAAGACGUUUAUUACAGCUGUGGUAAUCAGCUAUUUCUGUUCUCCUGGGAGUUGAUUUUCUGCUACAGUUUUUGACGUGUGUUGGCUUAAGUUCACCUUUUCUUCUUUGUUUUCUCUCAGUCUUCCUAGAUUAGCCUCUCAUAAGCUUCUGUGCUGUGGCUGCUACAAUAGAAGCUCCUCUGGUUUUAGAGAAAGUUCAGCAUUUGUCAGUUGCUACUUGAUUAUUAUAUUUGUCUCAAACAGUAUUUACUUAAAUCUGUUUAGAACAAUCCUUUUUUUGUUAAAAUUUACAAGGUGGCAUUUUUACUUUAAAUUCCAUCUGCAAUGCCUUCCUAAAAAGAAUUUAGAAAAUGGAGAAAAAAAAAAAGUUUAUAAAGCCCAAGUGCUCCAAUUUUUAAUCACAGUCAUUAUUCUGGAAAAUAUUAUAAGUAGUAUUCUACUUAAUGUCACUUAUAAUAUUUGCAAAUCCAUAUACAGAUACAGAGUAGUGUAAGUAAGACAUAAAAUGUUAGAUUUUUAAAUAUUUAGCUGAAACUGUAGACAACUAAAUAUUAUGGAGACAUAAUAAAGAUUGAAAGCUUUGAUUUUCAAGUGGGUAUGGCUUUCUAGAAUCUUUCUAAGUACUCUUCAUAUGAGAUCACCUGAGCGUGUAUGGAAAGCAAUAUGUUCUCAAAUUUCAUUUUUGUGCCACUCUGCUUCUGUAGUGGACUGAUCACCAGUUUUGACUCGUCUUUCUUGGUAGGGCACUUUGUAAAAUUUGCCCUUGCCAGAAUGUUCAAGAGACAGUAAAAUUAUACUCUUACUUUUGGCUGCUUGCCAGAGAAAUAGAGUAAGUUUGGUCUUAAUAUAUGUUUCUCAGAUUUGGUUACAAAUCAGUUUAUAGAUUGUAUAUUAAGAGCAAUGUUUAUGGUUGCAAUAUUAAUAGUGGUUUUUAUAAUUGAUAUUUUGUGAUCACAAAGACAAGAUUUAAAGUUAUGUUAACUUUGCAUUACAUAUAGCUUUUGAUUUCUUAAUGCACAUCUUAUAUUUUAAAUGCUAUGCUGUUGCCUUUUUCACCCACCAGUCCAAAAAUGACUGACAGCCGCCUUGCGCACAUCUGCAGUGUGCAUCUCCUAAAGAAUGCAGUGAGUCAGUUCACACAAGUGGCCAAUUGCUUUGCAAAGCUUGUUUGGCUCACAGCUGUGUUUCUGUGUUUGGAUAUAGUAAAGUUUAAGGGCAGUCAUUAGAUAAUGAUACUAUAACAAGCAGUGGGGAUGUUCCUGUAAAUGAAAGACGAUAAAUUCCAUGUAAGUGUUACUUAGCUUCACGCACUGACUUAGAGAGUGAAAGAAGGGGAUUUUCCCAGCAGUGGGCUACAUUUGAACAAAGCAUGAGACUGCCUGAAACUUGAGAAUAAUUGAGUUAUCAUCUAAUUGACAUCCACACUAGGCAUUAAUGAUAUCUAAAGUAUUCUCAGAGGAAGCUUCCCUAUAAAUCAGAAUAUCAGAAACUAUUUAAAACUACAAAGAGGCCAGUGAUGCUUAUGUGAGUUAUAUGAGAACUACACUAUAGCUGCAGGAAAUCUUACAGUUCACUUGGGCCAUUUUCUUGCAAUUUUGAUUUAUCCUAAGAUGAACUCUGUGUGUACUGACAGUGAUUAGAUGUGAAGUAUCCCUUGUCUUAAUGUAUAGAUAUUUUUCUUAGUUAAAAAAAAUUCUAGCAUGCCAGUAUCUUAUCUUUGGCCCAUUCCCUGUUAUUUUAUUUUAUUUUUUUAGAAUUAUCCUUGCUGUGUUGUGAAUAGCAAUGGUUAAAUUAUAUCUACCAUCUUUCUCUGCCAUAUCUUCUCAUUUUGAAACUAAAUUGCUGCUUGGUCCACUCCUAAUAGCAUUCAUAUACAGGAACAGCUGGUAAAACUUUUGGUAAUAACUUACGCAGACAAUACUCUGAAUACCAGAUCUGUGAAUGGUAUACUUGAGCCAGGAAGCUGAAUAUUCUUUUUAUGGUCACAAAAUUCCAUUUUUAAAUGAGAAAUACCUUGUCUCCCAAGUCAGCUGAUUCUCUGUGGAAAGUAAAAGGCAUUAAAGAAAACCAAAUAUAGUAAUAUUUAGUUGUAGUUGAAAAUGCAGCAUUACAGUAGUUAAGGGAGUUGGUUAUUUUCAGAUGUUUAAGCUUUCAUUAAUUUUAGAUCAAUGAUUAAAAUAAGAUAGAUUUUUCAGCUGUUUAUUCCUAAUACUCAAAAGAACAGCAUGGCAUAAACUAACAUCCCAAAUGAAAAAAAUGGAUGUGACUUUGCAGUCUCUGUUUAUCAAUACUCUUUCUUAGCUCUGCCCUGCGCUGUGGAGCCACUGUCAGGGCCCAAGUCUUGGUGACAGAAGUAUCUAAAUUCUCCCAUACAAAUUCUUCAGGCCUUCCUUUUCUGACUUGGAUAUGUUGAACAGGUACUGGUGAUUUAUGUUUGACAGCUGUCUACCGUUAGUAAAGCUGGUGUCAGAAUUUUAAAAGAUGUAAUUGCCAAGUCAGUAGCAUUUUAAGUACCCGUGUGCAUAUAAUGCAGGUAGCAGACCCUGUGGGGAGAUGCAAAAGAGAUUUUAGUCUUAAGUGAUGACACACAUAAUCAGUUCAUACAUUUUAUUUCUUUGCAUUGUUUUUUUAAUUUGAGUUUCAUUGUUUGAAAGUCAUAAUAGAUAAUAAUAGUAAUAAUAGAUAAUUUCCUCUGUUGCUUUAUUCGUGGUUUCCAAAACACUUCUGUAAUUAUCUCUUAAUUUCUCCUAUUAGAAAGUAUUUUCCUGUUAAAUAAAAUAUCAAAAGCAUCAAUCACAAGAAACAGAAAAUGUAUCAGUAAUAACUUGUGCUAGUAUGUUCUAAACUGAAAUGGGACAAUUCAUUAUUGACAUUUUAAUAAAUAAAACUUCUAAAUGAUCUUGAUAAAUUAUCCCUUUUUUAGAUGUAGAAAAUAAAAGAAUACUUUGAAGGAA